AUGUGGCACGUGCCCCGCCUGCAACUUGUGAGGGCAGCGGCAUUAUCGAGACGGCACUUGGUGCAAAAGGCGACGCUGUCAGUAGAGAGUCGAUGGUGGGAGACGACGACUUCGAGGGGAACUCUACUGGAGCACCAGCAUCUCACGGAGGAUGACUCUACUGGCCUGACGAGCUAUGAAUCUGCCGAAGAUGCCCAGGAACGGCAUCGGGGUGCCUUUUUGACCUGGAAGGGUCUCCCGGAGAAGUCGAGGACAGAGCAUGAGUGUCCACGGCCUCGUCUUAUAUCAUUUGAAUCUACGCCAACUUUCACGCUGGGACGUCGACAGGAUGAUCUCACUCAAGAUCAGAAAGCGCAUCUAGAGCGGCCUUUAGACGUGAAAAAGACCAACCGCGGGGGCCUCACCACAUAUCAUGGCCCCGGCCAGCUUGUCCUUUGGCCAGUGCUAGACAUGCAUUCUUCUCUCUAUCCCAAAUAUAGUGUCUCCACGUUUGCCAGUCAUCUUGAGGCGACCACACAGCAAUUUCUCUUGGACAUGUUUGACAUCGAAACUUAUACCAACCGUGAUGAGCCUGGAGUCUGGGUUCGGGCCUCGUCGGGCCAGCCGCGCAAGAUUGCAGCUCUUGGGGUCCACCAUCGGCGGUACGUCACAGCUUUGGGCACUGCCAUCAACAUCGAUGUCUCCGUAAAGGGUGGCGAGGAUGUCAAUCCGUGGGCUCGGUUCGUCCCCUGUGGCCUCGAAGGAAAGCUGGCGACGUCUGUUGUGGCCGAGCUCGGUAGUGCUGCUCAAGGCAUGUCGUUUGAUAUAUCAGACUUGGCACAGCGCUGGGCCAGUAUCUUUGAAGAAGGGUUGAUGGAUGUGUCAAGACGAGGUGUCGACCUGGGACGGUGA